AUGUGGUUGGCUAUCCCUGUAUGCUUAUUAUUUAGAUGUGUUCUGUGCAACGAUUUUUUGAGUAAUUUAACAUGGUCUUUUACUCUCUGCAUCUUAAAAAUGGGUAAGUUUUUAGGGAAAUAA